UGCGGGCUGCGGGCGGGGCGGGGCGGAGCGGGGAAUCUCCCCCCCAUCCCGCACGGCGGUGGUGCGGUCCGGGAAGAUGGCGGAGGGACGCGGAGGGAGCGCUGAGCAUCCCCCAGCACAUCCCUGCAGGAGGAGAUGACCCCAAAGGGUGACAUGGCCGAGUGGGAGCGGCUGUUUGCACGGAGCCGGGCCGUCCCAGCUCAUGCCCAGCGCAGACACGGCGAGCCGGAGCACUCGGUGCCUUUCCGGUGCGUCCUGAAGUGCCUCGAGGGCUCCGUUGUCAUGCAGCGCUCCCCAGCUGAGCUGCAGCUCCGACUGUCCCUCUUCGAUGUCGCCCACCGCCACUUCUUUGGCCACACGUGGCACAGCAGCACCCGGACCCCCAGCAGCCCCCCAGGGCAGCCCCCUCGUGUGCUCUUCAAUGAGGCUGUGUACUUCCACACCUCGCUCAGCUACCCCAGCAUCACGGCCGUGGUGGAGGUGGUGGCUGUGACUCCUACCCCAGAAGGGCUCUCACGGGACGUGUCGUGUGGCUUCGGGCUCAUCCCACUGUUCGACAGCAGGCGGGAGCCCUCAGACCUGGCUGCCAAGGGCAGAGCGCUCAAGCUGUACCACGGGACACCACGUGCCUUACUGCACCCGCUCCUCCAGGACCCUCUAGAAAAGAAUAAAUACAUGACUGUAAUGGAGAGCAGCCAUCUGCAGUACAGCCUGAAGCCCCACCUGCCUCUGGAAAAGGUAUUUCACCUCCUUCCUGAGAACCUCCUGGUAUCUGGCCUGCAGAAGAUCCCCGGGCUGCUGCCUGCACAAGGGGACACAGGUGAUGCCUUCCUGAAGCCACGGCUCAUGGGGACGGCCCCCUGCUACCUGGACCAGCUCUGCAUCCGCCUGCACCCUUCUCUGAAGGAGUUUGAGGAAGAGCUGCUGGAGCAGCUGAGCAGCGACCGCUUGCUGAAGCAGGAUGUUGGCAGCACGCUGUGCGUGCAGGAGCGGCGGCUGCAUGUUGGUGUGCACAAUGGGCUGCGCUUUGUCCAGCCCCCGCAGGUGGCCAUGCUGCAGCCAGCAUCUGAAGUGGCCAAGGGACAAAGCACCAGCCCCACGGACAGCGCUGCAAAGCAGGCACUGCUGCUGCGGAGCCGCCUGCAGCUGAGUGAGAUGGUUGCCCACCCGGCCUUCGGGGUCUGCUUCCAGCUGGAGUAUGUCAUCUGUGCUAUGGCCAAGGCUGCAGCUGGCAGUGCGUUGGGCCCAGCAGCUGCCAUGCACACGGUGCGCUGGGCGCUUUGGAGCCCCUUCCUGGGUGCCACCUCGUCCCCAGUGCUGCUGCCCCUACGUGGUGGUGCCCAUCCCAGCCCCGGCCAGACCAUGGUGUACAGAAACCCUGCAGACAGCGAGAGCUCCCAGGAGGUGAAGCGCAUCGCGUCGGGUUCUGUCCAAUUCCACGUUUCCAGCGAUGCAGAACGUCGUGUAACUCCUGCAGACAUCUCGAGUAAAGCUGGGAAGGAGCUGGAGGAGCCUCCUACGCCGUCACUGAGUCUGCGCUCUCAACUGCACCCGGCGACCUCCACACAGGGACCAGGGCUGUCCCUCUCCCAGCUGUUGGCCUCACCGCAGGGCAGGGAUGGGCGCGUGGUGCCACGUAGCCGCAGUGCCCCAGCGCCCCGGUCCCGCAGCACACAGAAGGAUGGCCACACCGAGCACACUGCUGCCAUCACACACCUGGAGGCUGACCUGGGCUCGGGCUCCCCACACGUGGAUGCCUCCAGUGGUGGGCACCUGUGGGUCCUGCCCUUUGCACCAUUGCAGCCACCCAUCACAGCUGUGGGGCUGCCUGCUGGGAGCACUGCACUCAGCCGUGCCAUGUUGAUGCUCCUGCACAGCACCGGCUUCCCAGAGAUCCUGGAUGGCAACAAGAAGCCUGUGCGAGUCACAGAGCCACUGGAGCCUGCGUGUUACAGUCCUCAGCUGGAGGAAGUGGAUGCUCUGCAGAGCAAUGAAAUAAUCCUGCAGUUCCUUGCAUUGAGCAGGGCUCCUCAGGAGGCGAUGGAAGGGACAUGGCCCAGGACAGUGUUCAUUACCUUCCAGUUCUACCGCUUCCCACCGGUCACCACCCCGCGGCUGCAGCUGGUCGAUGUGGAUGGCGAGAGGGCAGCUGGGUCUGCUGCACCAGCACAAGUGCUGCUCCAGCUGAACAAGGAUGGGACCCCGAGCACUGGAGCCCCAGGGCUGCAGCUGAGGUUUGCGGUGGACUCCACCUUCCUGAGGCCUGGGGAGCAGCGUGUCUUCAUGCACUACCUGGCUGAGCACAGCCUGCAGAUGGACGUCUGGGAUGGGGACUCACUGCUGCUGGUCGGCUCUGCUGCUGUUAAGCUGAAGCCCCUGCUGCGCCAGGGCCGGCCGGCUGUCAGGACUCUGCAUGAGCUGGAGGUUGGCACCACUGUAUAUGAGCAGGAUGCAGCAGCAGGCAGGGAUGUGCUGCGACCCCUGGGUGUCCGUGUGGCCGUGCGGGGCCGCCUGCACCUCUGCCUGGCCAACAUUGGUCACCACUGUGGGGAGACCCCCGUGAGCCCUGGCUGCCCAUCACUGCCCCACACCCACAUUGUGCCCUCUCCAGGCAGUGGCCAUGAGCUGACCCUGCAUUCUGAUGUCAGGGUAUCUCGGCCCCGUAGGCUGGCUGAGGUGGAUCCUGAGCUGGCUGCCAUUCUGUGGAGGCACCAGCUGGAGCAGAUCCCAGAACGCUUGUGUGAGUCUCAUGAAGCCACAGCCAUCCAGCAGCACGAGCCGCAGUGCUUGGCGGUGGAGCAGCAGCAGGAUGGUGCUAUCUGCAGGAUCCCACAAUACAUGGGCUCCAUUGAGCAGCACAUGAAGUACCUGCAGAUCGUCAGUGCCUACCGGGAGCGCGUCAAGCACCGGUAUAUCACCCAAGUGCUCAGACAGGCCAUGACCACCACCUACACUUUGUAUGCCACGCUGGGGACGGCUGAAUUCUUUGAGUUUGUCCUGAAGAACCCCUACAACGUCCAGCAAACGGUGACGGUUGAGGUUGAUCACCCCGAGCUCAGUGUCAUACUGGACCCGAGGGAAUGGCGGCACUUCAAGGAGCUGACCCACACAGCCACCCCGCUGGAGGAGGACAUGUUCCACCUGCGGGAUGACCUCAAGCCUCAGGUCUACCUGCGCCCCGAGGAGACCGUGCACAUUCCCUUCCGAUACCAGACGUUCUCUGCAGAGCCAGUUGUUGCAGCAUUGCUGGGGCCAGUGGGGCUGAGCAAGGAAGAGAAUGCAGGGAGGAUGCAGGAGGAGUCAAGGGCUGUGCAGAUGAAGACCAUCCAGGUGGCUUUCUCUGUGAGUGAGGGCAAACCCAUUGCGCUGCUGCAGGUGAAGGUUGAGCCCCGGCCCCACGUGGUGGAUCAGACCUUCCGCUUCUACCACCCCGAGCUGACCUUCCUGAAGAAGGCCAUCCGCCUGCCUCCAUGGCACACGCUCCCAGGAGCUCUGGUGGGGAUACGGGGUGGUGAGCCUGAGGUCCAUGUCCGCUGCAGUGACCCCAACGUGAUCUGUGAAACCAAAAACAUGGGUCCUGGGGAACCACAGGACGUCUUCUUAAAAGUAGCUGGAGGACCGAGCCCACAGAUCAAAACAUUUUUUGUUGCUAUUUAUACGGAUCCCUGGCUGGCCAAACCGCAGCGCAUCUGGCAGGUCUACCUGCAUUCCCUGCAGCGUUUGGAUGUCAGCUGCACUGCAGGGCAGCUCUCCCGCCUGGCCGUCCCGCUGCGCGGCACCCGCACCCUGCGCAGGGUGAAGGCGUUCUGCUCCCAUCCCCAUGAACUGAAGGUGGACCCAGCAGAUGCGUUCUUCCUGCCCUCCAAUGGCCUCGUGGAUCUGUUUGUGGGUGUGAGGCCGCUCCGGGCUGGCAGCAGAUUCUUCUACCUCAACCUGGUGGAUGUGGAGUGCCACCAGCUGGUGUCCUCCUGGCUGCUCUGCAUCACCUGCCGGCAGCCUCUCAUUUCCAAGGCCUUUGAGAUCACCAUCCCUGCGGGCAGUGGGAAGGGCUCCAACAAGCGCAUCACCUACACCAAUCCCUACCCCACACACAGGCUGUACUUUCUGGUCACCAGCCGGCCUGAUUUGCUGCAGUUCAAGGAGGACUCCUUUCAGGUUGCUGGUGAGGAGGUGUACACCAUCGGGCUGCGCUUUGCUCCAAGUCAGAGCGUGGGUGAGGAGGAGAUCCUGAUCUACAUCAAUGACCACGAGGACAAGAACGAGGAGACCUUCUGUGUGAAGGUCAUCUACUAUUGAGGCCAUGGCACGGCUCCUGGUCCUCGUUUGGGCAAUGCACUGAGCUCCACAAUGAGCACAGCACUGUGCAGGUAAAGGGACUGGGCCUGCUUCUCACCUCACCCCAUUGAGCAUUGGGGUCCCUCUGGCCCUAUAGGAGCCCCAUGGUGAGUAUGAGACCUGGGCUGCCCUGUGCUCAGAGUGGGGGUGGAGGAAUGUUUGCUAACUGUGCCACAACUGCAGAAGGUCUUAAUUCUUGUGAAACGUUUUGAACGUUUUAUUAUAAGGUUUUUUGGUUUUUUUGAGUCUUUGUGUGUUUUUUUAACUUAAAGUUUACAAGAUAUUUCUAAACUAUUUUAUGCCAACAUCAAAUGUUGCACAAACGAAUCGUUGUUUGGAGUUGGUAAAGCUUUUGUACUCUUUUUAGAUCAAUAAAGUUUGCUACUUAGCUCUGA